CCAAGCGUACUAGAUAAGCGAGAGGAAUACACCGUUAGACUCAAUUAACGAGCAAACGCACGUUCGCGAUGUCGUCGUUGUCAUAAUCGUCGUACCGAAACAACACUCGAAUAAUCUCCAUGACUGUAACUUGGAGUAAACAGUUACCAGGUAUAAUUGCAUAAACAUUAGAGAGACGCAACAAAAUAGAGCUGGUGAAGAUAAGGUUCUACAUUCUAAACUCCGGAGGUGCAACGGAGACUAGUAGAGGUUAGUGAAGGAGAAACGGAGAAGCACUCUGUUUCUGUAUAGAUGACAACUACGUCGAAGUUGCUCGGAGCAACUUCGUUCCCUACGUAUAAGUAGGGAAUUCAUUUAGUUAAAAGAAGGUGUGGUGCCGAACAGACCAAUCCGACCGGUUCGUUUGUCCUCCAGCCUCCGCCGAGCAUUUCGUUUAUUAGUGCGCUGUUUCAAUCGAGACUCAGUGACAGAGAACCAGCUAAACGAGAAUCGUCGAUCGUAUCGAUAGUGUAUCAGUUGUGCCAGAACUGUUGAUCGUAAACGUCAAAUACCUGCGAGUUGAGACAUUCACGUUCCCUUGGUGACACACGUGCUGAUUAUUUACCAGACACACAUCCACUGAUUAUUUACCGGCAAUAUCAAUAGAUAAAGUUUCCGAGAGGCACUUCUUUGCGAGCGACAAGAUGUUGGCGCCCAGCUUCCGUAAACAUUGGGAGGUUUGCGCCUCCGAUAUCGCUCGGAAAACGUAUAAUCCCAUAAGAUCGAUCGUAGAGAAUAUCGUCGUCGAGCCCAAUCCUAACAAGAAGAUGAUCGCGUUGUCUAUUGGCGAUCCUACAACUUUCGGCAAUUUAAUACCACCAAAGGAAGUGAUCGAGGCUGUUCAAGACAGCGUCGCUUCGCAAUUAUACAAUGGAUAUGCACCCAGCAUAGGUCAUGAAAUGGCGCGAGAAGCCGUAGCUGAAUAUAGCUCGAACGAAUUUGUGAAAGUCAAUUCCAAGGACGUAAUCCUGUGCAGUGGAUGUUCUUGCGCACUCGACUUGUGUAUUACGGUUUUAGCUCGAGAAGGCCAAAACAUCCUAAUUCCACGCCCUGGUUUUUCUAUCUAUCGAACGCUGGCAGAGGGCCUCGGUAUUACGGUCAAAACGUACAAUUUAUGUCCGGAGCUCGGUUGGGAGAUCGAUCUGGACGACCUAAAGGAGCAAAUCGACGAGUCGACAGCGGCAAUUAUUAUAAACAAUCCUUCGAAUCCGUGUGGCUCGGUAUUCAGACGCGACCAUAUACUUGACAUUCUCGACAUCGCCGCUCAUUACUACGUACCCAUUAUAGCCGAUGAGAUUUACGAGCAUAUGGUAUUUCCAGGACGGACUUUCCACUCGUUAGCGUCUCUAUCGACCGAAGUUCCUAUUUUGUCGUGCAGCGGACUGACUAAAAGAUUUUUAGUUCCAGGUUGGCGUAUGGGUUGGAUAAUAAUCCAUGAUCGUCAGAACGUGCUGGAAGCCGAGAUUCGCAAAGGUUUACAGUGUUUGAGUCAACGAAUAAUUGGCAGCAAUACUAUUAUUCAAGGUGCCUUGCCUAAGAUACUUCGAAACACGCCACAAGAGUUUUUCGACGAUGUUAUCAAUACUUUAUACUCACAUUCCAAAUUGGCAUACAACUCUAUAAUAAAAAUUCCGGGAUUGAAGCCGAUAAUGCCGGAUGGAGCGAUGUACAUGAUGGUCUACAUCGAUCUACAGUGCUUUCCGGAAUUUAAUUCCGAUGUGGAAUUCGUGCAACGGCUGCUAAUGGAAGAAUCCGUGUUUUGCCUACCCGGCCAGUGCUUCGGUUGUCACUCUUACAUGAGAUUAGUAAUAACUGUACCAGGUGACAUGCUCGAGGAAGCUUGUCAAAGGAUUCAAGAAUUCUGCGAGAGACAUCAUUGUAAAACAGCGAAGAUUUCAAGGAAAAACGGUUUCUUCAACAAGAUUCCUUAUUAAGACAUCAUUCAAUACAGAAAUUAGAAAAUUAUGUUAA